CACGUAAACCCUUGCUUUGGCGCAAGUCUCUUCUAGCCUUCUAGGUUCUUUUCUUGUAACAAGGCAUUGAAGAUUCAUGCGCAGACGAUUUUGAUUGGUGGGUUUGCUUCUGAUUUGUAUGAUGGCAAUACCAUGAUUGAUAUGCGUGUGAAAUGCGGGCUUUUGGGUUGUGGGCGCAAAGUGUUUGACGAAAUGGCUGAGAGGGAUGUGGUUUGUGGGUAUUUUUGGAUCAUCUUUCUUUUGUAAACCGUUUAUGCAAACUACAACAAUCUUCUAAUUGGAGAAAUGUUGAAAGGCCCUGAAGCAAAUAACUUAACAAAAACAUUAUGAAUAUUAAAAACUUUCUUAGAUUCUGUUUUAUUUUGCUAACUAACACUUAAACACAAAGAAAGCAGAUUUUUUUUAACAGGCAGCGGGGCCACAGAUCAGGCCUUGGGCAGCAGCACUCGACUCUCCUAUCCCAUUCUCUCCGUCUUCGCUCGUCUCAGCCAUGGCUUCCAAGCUCCUGAGCCAUAGCCAUCUCCGAGCCAUAUAUUCCUCUAACAACCGCAUUCGCUCUCCUCCGUUCCCAAACCCUACACGAGCCACGCGAGCGCUCCUCAACCUUAGGCCCUUCUCGGAUGCUUCUUCUGCCUCACUGCCAGAGACGCCUCAGUCCCGCAAUGACACCAUAAACGACACCGGAAUGGGAACUCCGUCUCCGUCUACGUCGUCUUUGAAAGAGCUCGAACUCGCUAAAUUCGCCUCCAUUGCCGAAACCUGGUGGGAUUCUGAAGGUCCAUUUAAACCAUUGCAUGUUAUGAAUCCUACAAGACUUGCUUUCAUUCGCUCCACUCUUUGUCGACAUUUCAGAAAGGAUCCUAACAGCGCUAGGCCUUUUGAAGGACUAAAAAUAGUUGAUGUUGGUUGUGGAGGUGGAAUUCUCUCGGAGCCAUUAGCUCGAAUGGGAGCUACUGUAACAGGAGUUGACGCUGUGGACAAAAAUAUCAAGAUUGCACGUCUACAUGCGGAUUUGGAUCCAGUGACAUCAACUAUCGAAUACUGUUGCACAACAGCCGAAACGUUGGUAGAGGAAGAAAGAAAAUUUGAUGCUGUGAUUGCUCUAGAAGUAAUUGAGCACGUAGCAGAUCCUGCUGAAUUCUGCAAGUCUCUGGCAGCAUUAGCCGUUCCUGAUGGAGCAGCUGUGAUAUCAACAAUUAACCGUUCUAUGAGAUCAUAUGCAACUGCCAUUGUUGCAGCAGAGUACCUCCUCCGUUGGCUUCCCAGAGGUACACAUGAGUGGUCAAGUUUUCUCACUCCCGAGGAACUAGUCCUGAUCCUUCAACGUGCCAAUAUUAGUGUCCGAGAGAUGGCUGGAUUUGUGUACAACCCCGUCACACGAAGACGGUCUCUAUCCGAUGAUAUUAGUGUAAAUUUCAUUGCUUUCGCUACGAAAAACAGUCAAUAAGCAAAUAAAUUUCCUGGCUGAAUGAAAAUCUUGAACUUGUGUAUACAAAAUAAUGAUGGGUAGGUAGUAGCAAAACGUUCCUGGCUCAAUUUUAUUUUUUUAUUUUUUGGGUUUAAGCUAAGCUCAAACUCGGUAGAAAAUUGCAAAACAAACAAGGUUGAGCUCGAGUCAAGCUUGUUUAACUUUUUAAAGCAAUUUUGUUUAUUAACAUGUGACAAUAAAGAAUCAUUAUUCAUCUU